GAUGAGAAAACGCCAGAAUCUGUCUACGGGUCCAACCGGGUCCACCUGGAACCGGAGCAGCACCACACCCAACGCACUCUUCUUCUCCAUCUCUGUAGCUGAGCUUUCUGUUUACCAGCUUCCUUCAUUUGUUCAAAUUUAAAUUCUGUCCAGAAAAGGAGGCGGCCAUCUUUACUGCAGUAAUCAGAGCGCUGCGGCGGCCAUCUUAACUGCAGUAAUCAGAGUGCUGCGGCGGCCAUCAUUACUGCCGUCAUAGACAUAAUAUAAGGGUAGACGCCGCAUUGGCCGCUCCGGCGCAGGAAAUACGGCGGCCAUCUUAGAGCGGUAUACCCUCGUACUUUGCUGAACCAAAACAACAGAAGAUGCCUCAGUUCUGCUCGGCUUAUUCGUGUUUAAAUCUACGAACUGUUGAUGUCAGGGACCGGGGGAUAACUUUUCACAAGUAAGAAUGACAUAUUAUUGUUAGUAUGUUGUGAAUGUAAUAUUACUGUACUGUAUUUAUGCCCACCAGCGAAAUGACAGCAAAUGUUAGCUAUCGGUCUUCAGCCGGAGAUUUGAUGACAGGAAUAUGUUUCAAACAGGCCUACUCACAAUUUCAGUAGCUUUGUUUAAUUAUCAUUAUCAACAAAUUUUAAUCAAAUUUGGAGUUUUAUGUUAUUUAAAAUAUGAAGAUCAAAAAUAGUGAGUGUAACGUUUUUCUGAAUGCUCAGCUUAAGCAGGCAACAAGGCUCCUUAGUUUCAACCGUUGCAAAUAACAUGGACCUCAUUCGGACAAUGUUUUUGUGUACACACUCCCAGAUAUCACGUUUUUGUCUUAAAAAUGGCGGAUCCUCUCUUUAUCUUUCCAAAAGAUAAAGAGAGGAGGAAGAGGUGGGAAAUAGCUUUGAGGAGGGAUGGAUUCACUGCAAGUGAUUCAUCUGUACUAUGCAGAGAACAUUUCAAAACGGAGGAUUUUGACAAAACAGGUCAGAUUGUCAGACUGAGAGCUGAUGUGAUACCAUCAAUUUUCAGCUUCCCAGUUCACCUUCAAAGAGUUGAAAACUACAGAACUACAAUAACCUCCACAAAAGCCCAAAGUAGUGAGUAUGUGGCCUCUCAAGAUGACCCAGAAACAUGUAGUUCAGACCUGCAACCUCAGUCUAAUGAUGAUCAUUGCUAUGCUUUGCCAGCUUCUCUUACCGCUGUCACUGCAAAACAUAAGAGAGCGUUGGCAAGAGUGGAAUAUCUGGAGCGGGACAAGAAAAACACCAUGGCCAGAGAGAAGAGGGCAAAGACCACAGCAAAGUCACUUUUGGGGGAAUUGAGUGAAAAAAAUCUCAUUACUGAAGAACUCAAAGAACGGCUUGAAUUCUACUCUGGUUCCUACAGCAGGAACGGGAGGAUUUGGCUGGUACUCACGCAGGGUAGGAGGGAGGGGUAAGUAGUAGGCGGCGGAGUCCUCCAGG